UCCAGCAAUCAAGUCCGGAACAGCACAAUGCGCAGCCAUAACGGGAACCUGGUCCUCCUCGGACUCCUGGCCCUGGCCACCACCACCGUCCUUGCCACGGACUACUGCAAGAAGAGCUGCGGCAGCACCCAGAAUCUGGGUUGCAAUAACAAUGGGGCCUGGGACUCUAGCUGCCCCAGUGAUGCCACCCUAGUGACCCUCUCCAGCGCCCAGAAGGCCGCUUUGGUGGACAGAACCAACGAGUAUAGGAACAUCAUUGCUGGCGGCUUGAAUGCCAAUCUGAGUGCCGCCUGUCGCAUGGCCACCAUCAAGUGGAACGAUGAGCUGGCCUACCUGGCCUCCUUGAACGUCCGCAGCUGCCAGAUGCGCCACGACGGCUGCCACAACACCGACGCCUUCGACUGGUCCGGCCAGAAUCUGGCCUGGAUGGGCUGGUACAGUCCCCUGAACGUCACCCACUAUGUGGAGUGGGGUGUGGAUAUGUGGUACAGCGAGCAUGAGUACACCAAGCAGGCCUACAUCGAUGCCUAUCCCUCGGGUUACAGUGGCCCGGCCAUUGGUCACUUCACCGUCUUGGUUGCCGAUCGCAACACAGAGAUGGGCUGUGCCGUUUCCACCUACUCCGUUUCCGGGCAAUCCUACAAGGCCUUCCUCCUCGCCUGCAACUAUGCGGCCACCAAUGUUGUGGGCAUCAAGAUGUAUAGCUCUUGCCCCAAGGCACCAGCCAGCAAGUGCACCACCGGCACGAAUCCCACCUAUAAGAAUCUGUGUAGCUCCAAGGAGGUGUACGAUGUGAAUAACAUGUUCUACUGAGUGUGUGUUUUGGGCCAAUAAAAAUGUGUGUAAUAAUUCGGCAGCUUAUCAGCAGUAAUAAUA